AUUCCUGCUUUUUCCUGGUUUGUGUCUAUUUGCUGUGUGCAUCGUCGCAAUCGUCGGACAAUGCUCUCGUCGUUCUCUUGAGGUUUGAAAUUCUCCGCUGACAUUGACUUGGCUAUGUGAACUCGUCCCGGUUUCCAGCUUGAGUUCAUUCCAACAGGAUCAGGAGAGCAUUUUAGCUUGUGUGGAUUUGGGGGACUUUCUUCAGCGAUGACCCAGUGUAUUGAUCCUAGGUUUAUCGUGUUGCUGAGUUAGGUUUUAUUGGAACGCAGGGGAGGAUCUCUUGGGUAAGAGGGAGAACAUUUGUGGGUUUCGUAUGAUGAAUUUGAGCAUAGUAUCGAGUGAUGACGAAUUGUAUGCGAAGCUUUUGUCGUCUGGCAAGUUGGGGAUUUGUGUUGAUCAGUCCAUGGAUGUCAAGGCAACGUAGGCAAUCUGCCUGGGCGGAGAAGUGAUUCAAUUUUCCGGAUUAGGGUAUGUGUUGUGUGUUGUGAGAAACAUGGAGAUGGAGGAUCGGAUGGGGUAUGCUAUCGUCCAGGCCUGUAGAGCAAUUAAGCGACGCCACAAGUUGGAGGAGGGGGCAUUUGCGCCAGCUAUUGCUGCUAUAUCCCAUGUGGUCAAUUCGCCGGCCACUCUGGAAUUGGGAGAGAAAUUGAAGGAUUUGCAGAUAGAGUUGAAUCAAAGUUAUCAAAAGCAUUCACAGGUAUCGGAUAGGCUAGUACAGGAAGUUACGGAGAGCCAAUCGUUACGUACGCAGCUUGGGGACAAGGAAACUGCUAUCAAUGAACUGCAAGAGGAGCUCACUGCUGCAAAGGAGAAGAUUUUGCAAAUUGAAAUUAACGUAAAGGAGACACAAGGAGCCCUAGAUGCCACCACCUCUGAGGUUGACGAGCUCCGAUCACAUGUCAAGGAACUCGAAGGACAAAUCAUCGAUUUGAAGAAGGAGAAUGACAUGUUGAUUGAGCGUUGGAUGGAUCAAAAAAUGCGGGACGCGGAACGGCUCAACGAGGCCAACGCUAUGUAUGAGGAUAUGAUGGAGAAGGUUAAAGCUGGGCAGCUAAUGGAGCUCGCUCGCACCCAAGUGGAUGGCAUAGUUAGACAUAGUGAAGCUGGCGCAGAGAACUACGUCAAAUCUGGGCUCCCUUCGGCGGUGAAGCAUGUCAUCAGGGCACACGAUGUCAUGUGUUCAGCAAUUCAUUUCGAACAAGGAGGCAAAAAUGUCUACAGUGGAGGACAUGACAAGCUUGUCAAAAGUUGGAAUGUGGUAAAUGGAUCUUGUAUGUCCACUCUUAGGGGUUGCUUGGGUUCUGUAUUGGACUUAUCCAUGUCCUACGACAAAAAUCUGGUUAUAGCAGCAUGUAGUGACCAUAAAUUGCAUCUGUGGGAGAGUCAGACAGGUCGGAUGCGGCAUACCUUGACAGGGCAUACUGAGAAGGUUGUUUCUGUUGACAUUAGCAAAACAAGCAAUCGACGCGCCGUGAGUGCUGCCUACGAUCGGACAUUGAAGGCAUGGGACAUGCAGACAGGAUAUGUCACCAACACUUUGAUUUGCUACUCUAAUUGCAACGCCGUGGCCCUGACCAUGAACGGGGAGGUUCUUUGCUCGGGUCAUAUGGAUGGGAACCUACGCUUGUGGGAUAUCCGCUCUGGGAAGCAGUCAAGCGAGGUUGUUGCCCACAACCAGGGAAUAACAUCAGUCUCUGUGUCCAGAAAUGGCCACACGAUGCUGACCAGCGGAAGGGAUAAUGUGCACAAUAUGAUCGAUGUUCGCACCUUAGAAGUUCAGGCUUCGUUUCGAGCUCCGGGCCUUUUGGUAGCAACAAAUUGGAGCAGAUCAUGUCUGAGUCCAGACGAGAGAUAUGUUGCUGCAGGUGGAGCGGAUGGAUCUGUAGUAGUAUGGAAUCGUUUCGCAAAAGAUGGUACCGUGACUCUGAAAGGACAUUCCAGCCCUGUAUUAGCUUGUACGUGGAGUGAUGAAGGUAGACCACUGGUUACUGCAGACAAGAGCGGGUGUGUCAUCGUGUGGGAGUAAGUUAUCCAUGUCCUUCACUUGUAAAUACGGUCAACCAACUAAGCUGACGCCAUUUAUUGAAAGCAUGGCAAGCUUUGGGGCCCAUGUCAGGAGAUUAAGCUUGAGGCUCUUUGGUCGUUAUCCAUCAAAGCGAGCACUCAUUAAGGAAUUUAUUUUCCUUGAAUUCAACUUGGAACCGUGGAACAGUGAUUGCCAAGGUCCAAACAGGACAUAGAAUGGAUUCAUUAAAAAUAUAUUUAUGAAUUCAAUCUUGUUGUGUGUGAAGGAUGUAUGCCCAUUCUGCAACCAAGUAUGAAAGUUUACUUCGAUCUUUUCAUUCCUCCUCUCAGAUUAAUCGUAAAUUUAGAACGUCAGUUGUUUGUGUGUUCUCUUCCUUUUUGUCUUCUUUUCUCCCCUAAUCUAUCUGGUACGGUACACAUAGUGCUGUAAAGGAAAGCGAAAUGCUGCUUUUCGUUUUCAAUAGCUCUUUCUUAAACAUUGAGAGAUCUGUGUAAUUCAUGUAAAUUAAGAUAAGGAAUGGGCAGGAUCUGAGAGAUGGUUGGACAGCUUGCUAGCUCAUUCUCAUUAAAUUUAGAAGUGAUUGCCUCAAAUCUGGAACCAAAUAGUCAGCUCUCAGGUUGGAACAUACAUUCUUACUUGGAUAGACGGUCCUUAGGGGUGUAAAGCAAUAACUGUAGAGGCUGCAUUAUAGAUCGAUUGUCUAUGUACUAUGAAUGGGGACCUUCAAUCUGGACACAAUAAAGUACACUACAAUUCAAGAA